CAUUGUGGUAUGGCAAAUGUUAUUGGUCUGUGUUUGAGGGCUAAGCUAAAAGAUUGUGUACCACUUCAUUAUAAGGUUGAUAUCAGAGUCUCUCCUGGAACUCACGCCGAUGAAGUAUCAGGUGAGGAUUAUAAAGAAAAAGUGAUAGCUGCAUUGGAGAAUCCUAAUCCCCGUCAGCUCGUGGAUGAGUGUAUUGUCUCCAAUGAG